AUGGCAUCUACAGACAACUUAAAAGAAGUAACAGCAGGAGUUGCAAAGGUUGCAAGCAACAUGUGGAUCAAGAGUAUUGACUCUGAAGAUGGAGCAAACCAAGACAACCCCACUCACCCAUACAUCAUCACCAACGUCGAACAAUACCAACCAACAAGAGAAAUGAUGGAAAAGUUUGAAAUACGAAGAAAUCAAUUGGACAAGUCUAUUCCAGCUGGCAAGAAAUUGGAAACUUUAAAUCUAUUCUUUAAUCCAACAAGUGAAUCACAAUUGAAAAAGAUCUUACAAGUUGGAUGGCCAUCAACAUAUGAUGCAGUAGACGUUUCAUUCUUUUCAAACGCAAACAAGGCAAUUCUUGAUAACCCAAUUUCAUACUAUAAACUAUUGAUUGUUAGAGUUUGUCUUGGUAGAGAGGGUGUCGAUUUUACAUUGGCCAAUGGAAGAUAUAGAGUAAGAGAUUUGAAUGGUGUCAUGACAUCUUUCCUUAUUACCUAUCGUAAUUCUUUGGCUCCCAACUCUACUCCCCCAGUUUCACCAUUUAAAUCAUCCACCUCUACCCUCUCCCCAGCCUCCCCAAUGACCACUUCUACUGCCUCUACCAUCAAAACAUCUUCAUCUGCAUCUGUAUCACCAGCCAAGCCAAAAUUGGCAUCCGGUCAAUUAAUUGGAGAUGGUCUCGUAUGUCCAUCUUGUGGAACCGACAAGAAUGCUGGAAACACUCGUUAUUGUAUUAGAUGUGGUGCCUGUUUGUUGUAA